CACUCCAGCCAGUGCUCCCUUUCUCACACUCCCUGCUAUCUCCCGCCUCCUUUUCUGAGGCUGCUGCAGAUAUGGCGACAACACUGCGGCCGCUUACGCUGGAAAGAGAUGUGGCUCGAGCUAUUGAAUUGCUAGAGAAGCUUCAGGAAAGUGGAGCAGUGCCAAUCCACAAACUGCAGUCCUUACAGAGAGUACUACAGAGUGAAUUUUGCACUGCUGUCAGAGAGGUUUAUCAGUACAUGCAUGAGACAAUAACCAUCAGUGGCUGCCCAGAAUUCAGAGCUCGCGCAACUGCAAAGGUGUUCGAGAGUAUAUAUGAGAAUUUAGACAUCAGUGGCAGCCCAGAAGGUAGAGCCAGUGCUACUACCCAGGCCACUGUUGCUGCUUUUGCUGCAAGUGAAGGUCAUUCCCAUCCCCGGGUUGUGGAGUUACCAAAAACUGAAGAAGGCCUUGGUUUUAAUGUGAUGGGUGGAAAGGAGCAAAAUUCACCAAUCUACAUCUCUCGUAUUAUCCCUGGAGGUGUUGCCGAUAGACAUGGGGGCUUAAAGCGUGGUGAUCAAUUAUUGUCUGUCAAUGGAGUGAGUGUUGAAGGGGAACACCAUGAGAAAGCAGUUGAAUUACUGAAGGCUGCUCAGAACAGUGUUAAACUGGUCGUUCGAUACACGCCAAAGGUAUUGGAGGAAAUGGAAGCAAGAUUUGAGAAGCUGCGAACUGCCCGACGCAGACAACAACAACAACUUCUGCUCCAACAGCAACAGCAGCAAGUUCAACAAAAUCAUAUGUCAUAGAUUUGUCAAGAUAAAUCUUCUAGGCACCAAGUUCGAAUGAAACCUUGUCCACUUAGAGCUAUUUGCCAUCCAAGAAGACUGUUACAAAUUGUUGAUAUUGCUGUGGGGGAUGCAAAAUGUUAAGAUAGAACAUUUGUGAUAAUUGUAGAUAAAUCAAAUGCCAGAUACUGUGUACAUCAUGUUGUAAAUUAUUGUGAAGUUUUAGCUAAGCUUAUUGCAGCUUAGAUCAAAAUGGUGCAAGGUUUUUUGAAAAGUAAUAGAACACAAGUAUUAAGAGUCAUAGUAAGUAAGUGUUACAAUUUUUUUCAAUAACAUUCUAUUUCAUUGCACCGUAACAUACAGAAUUUGGAUAGAGCUGUUCAGGAUUUUAAAGUCAUUCAUAUUGGUUCACAAUUUUUAUCUACAAGAAGAUUGCAUUCUUAUAAAAAUAACCUUAAGCAAAUGGUAUUUCUCAAAGCAGCAUUAAAGAGAUAUCAUAUUUUAAAAUUAUUCUUCUUUUUCUAAUGCACAAUAGAAGAUUUUAUUUUUCCAAUUAAUUAUUUUAAAUUAAAACCUUGUGCCUAAUCAUAAAAGCCAAGUUGUAGUUAGCUUUGUGGAAAGUGUUUAGAUACAUAGUUAAAUGCUGUUUGAAGGAAGAAGAGCUUAUCAUAUUGAAUGACUGGAUAAAGUGAGACCAUCCUGUUUCUGGUUAUGUAGCCUGCUGUAUUGCAAUAUUACCAGCCUUUUCUUCUGCUGAUUGAAAUAUAUGGAGUCCAAGUGGUAGAAAGCUCAUCAAGGAGAUUCCUUGCACUUGUCGUUCAUAUCACUAUCUUCAAUUUCAUUUGAAUCCUGACCUUAUUUCCUUCUAUCUCGUCUCACUUCAACUGAAUUGCAGUGGCUGCCAGUGAUAUGGGUUGUGAAGGUUGAAUUGCAACAAAAUAAAACAUCUGUAGGCCAAGCACAUGACCACUGGUGAAACUUUGUAUCAUUGAUAGAUAGGUAAUGGAAGCUGUACUUGGUGGUUAUAGGGGGAAAGCUGAUCCAAAAAAUCAUCCGUAUGCUCAGAACUAUCUAUCAGUGGUUCUUAAAGUCAGAGAAAAGUGUUCACAAAGAGUAUUUAGAAGUAGUGAUGAAGAAAUGCACUAACCAAUUUGCUGUCUUCCAUAAAAUGGCAGCUGCAGAGGUUUAGCUGAUUUUGCAUUCCUCUGCUUCAUUACCCUUUUUUUUAUUUUUCUACCUGUAGGGUACUAAUUGAGAACUAACUAGAUACUUAUAUCAAGAAAUUAUAUUUUUGUUCAACUUGACAUCUAUGACUGUUUCACAAUAAUGUGCACCAGACAGCUGCACUGGUGGUUUUUACCAAGCAAUUUUAUUUGAUAAUUCCAUAACUACAUCUAAAUUGAGAGAGAUUGGUUGAGGAGGAAAGAAAAGGAGAUAGAAGGUGAGAAUUGAGAGAGAGACAGACAGAGGGAUGGCAAGGGGAAUUAGGGUGAGGAAAGGGAGAGAGGUGAGGAAGGAGAGGGUGAGAAAGGAAGGACAGGAGGGAGAGAGAGGGCGAGAAGUGAUAGAGAGGAAGACGAGGAGAGAGUGGGCCAAGACUGAAAUGGUGAGGAGAGAGAGUGGUAGGAGUUGGGGCGAGGGCGGUGUGUGAGGAGAGAGGGAGAUGAGAAGAGCCAGAGUUGGUGUGGUAAAGGGGGUGUGGGCAGGGGGAAUGUGAGGUAGCAAAGCAAGGAAGAAGAGAGUGAAGGCAAGGUGCCAGAGAGAAGAGAAGAGGAGGAAAAGUGCAGACAGAGAGACAGGGAUGCUCAGGAGAAGAGAGAGAGAGAGAAAAGGCCAGGUAAUGUGAGGGUGAGGAGACAAGAGGGAGAAAGAACAUGGGAUGGUGAGGGUCAAGAGCAAGAGGGUUAGGGAGGAAUGAGAUGGCAAUGAGAUAAUUUCUUGUCCCUUCUGCAGCCCUUUUCUCAAUCUUCUCCUACCCACUCCCAACCUCUCUCUCACUUGCCCAUGCCUAUCAAAAACAUCACUGUCACACCCCUCCCAAGUCUUCAACUCACCUCUCUUCACCCCUCAUGGUCUGUCUACUCCCAUCUACUACCAACACAAUCAAGUUUCUGUGAUCACUAUUUUCAUGCUUAUUAGGUUAACUUUUUUUCUUCUAUUGUAAGGGCAUUUGACUAAAAGCACAUGCGCAAGUUUGGGAAAAGAAGGAUAAUGCACAUACAUCAAGGUAUCAGCAAAUGUGGACUUUGCAAAGCUAUAUUUCUAAAGUAUUUUCAGAGGCUAGAAAAAUUUAUGUGUUUUAAUUUCUGAUUUUAUGUAUCAUUUUAAAUGCAACUAUAAAUAGAAAUUUUUCUGUUUGAUGUUAUAAAGAUAAAAGAUUUUUGUCCCAGUCAUUUUGAUUGGCCUUUCCUUUACUAAAGCAUGAUUAAUCAGCAAUUCAUGUUUUUGGCCUGAAGGAACAAUCAGUCUUUCAAUAGUUAUGGAAAAGAUUAUCAUCUUAUUACUGUUGCAUGUGAUUUGUGAAACUUUUAAUGCAAACCUGCUCUUAAAUAUCUCAAUUUGAGGUAAAAUUUUGUAGUGUUUUUGGUAUGUUGAUUUCAUGUUAUGAUAAAACUUUGGACAGUUAUUACAAAUAAUGUUUUUAUUUUCUAAAAGUGUUAGACUCUGUUGUAGCCCUGCUUAUGUGCUUGUAUCCGUAUUCUUUCAUUUCUAUUAGGGUAAGCAUCCUACCUCUUUAGUUAUCCUGUGUGUCAGGAAUUUCAUUGCACUAAAUACAUUGUAUUUUAUAUGCAUGCCAAUGACACAUAAAUAGCAAUGGACUUAAUUUCUAAAUCAGCUUAAAACUCCAUUAGUAAUGCUGAUUCAUCAAAUAGGCAAAACUAAUGGAGCCGAUGAAUGCCCUGUUGAACUGCCACAGCCAGGAAUAAAUCAUCUAGAAUUGUGCAAUACCUUGAGACCAAUUUCUGGAGCAAGUCUCUACCAAAAUCUGCAGCAUGUGAAUGAGGCAUGUCUCUCCAAUGUUUGGGGAUCUCAUUUUUAAUAUUUUAUGAAACUCAGCUACGUUAAUAUUGUAUGAAGCAGUGCUAAGCCAGUGUUAUUUUAUUGACAAAAUUGUGCACCUUUAAAAUGAGCAAAAAUAGCUCACUGUGCUCAGCAUCUCAAUUCUGAGAAGAACUGCUACUCACUACCUGUCUCACAGUUAGUGCAAGACCUUUGAAUGAGAUUCUCAGAAUUCUAGGAUUAUUUGUGCUGGAGAAGGAAAACCUCAUUGGAGCUACUUAAUUAUUCAAGUGUCUUAGAUAAUCAAUAACUGAUUCAUAAUGUGACCAAGACUACCACAAAUUUUGGAGCCUAGGGUUAUUUGCUUAAGCUUAGAUAAUGACAGUGUCCUAGAAAUUGGAUUCGACUACUUUCUAUGGUGUGUGUUGAAAAGAUGAAACUCACUAUUCAGAGAAGCAGUAGUAAAUUGAUGGAGAAUCAGACAGGUAGAUGAAGGUUCGGGUGAUUGGCAAUGGUAGAAAAUGGAUUGCAAUUGUUUUUUAGUGUCCUUAGUAUAUACUUCCUAUUUCUCUUUCAGCUGACAAUAAAGUGUUAAUUUUCAAAUCAAAGGUAACCAUUAACAGGCUGUUGUUAAUAAUGAUAAAUGAAUGUACUGACACCAAUUUAUUAAUUCCCAUAUAUUUUACAUUUGGAUGCAUAACUGUUCAACUGGUCUCUGUGACCUGAUAUCAGUGGUGUUGCAUGCAGUAAUCUGCACGCAUAUCGUACCAUGAAUAAUUUACGUGCAGGUAAAUUGUACAGUGUUUGAAAUAUGAAGCAAUUAAAACUACAUGUGAAUAGAGAAUAGAAAUCUGAGGUUACAUGACACCAUUCAGAAUCAGACUCGGAGUUUAGAUUUCAACAGUUACAAUGGAGAAAAUGGUUAUGGGAAGGAGAAUUUGGAUUUUUUUUAAAGCUGUUAAUGGAGAAAUUCUAAUGCAGCUGUGUGAUAGGGUUGCCAAUUCCUGCUCCUGCUCAAAUGAAGUUUGAUUGUGUGCCAUUACUUACAGUUUACAAUUAUUUCACUCUUAUUUCACUCUUCAAUGUAUUUUAGCGCCUUUGCAUGGAGCGUAACUCAAUAAGAGUUAAGCUAUCAAGCAGGGCUAAAAGAGAGUAGGAAAAAUAAGUACACAAAGUAGAGUCUUCAAACCUUGAGUCUAUGAACAGAAUCAAGCUAUCUUAAGUUGAAACUGUCUGUUACACCUUCAGGCAGAAUUCUUGGACUGCUGAUAAACACCGCCUGUCCAAAGACAGAAUUUCUUUUUAAUUUGUUUUUGUGUUCAGUGAUUCCUGUUUCUUCUGCCAUAAUUCUUAUGCUAAUUUACAUACUUAGAUUUGAUCCUUUGUUACUUUUGGGAUCUUUUGCCAAUUUAUUUGGUAGAACAUAGGAACUAAGAGCAGGAGUAGGCAAUUCUGGCUCUUCAGCUUUCACCACAAUUUAAUACGAUAAUGGCUGAUCUCAUCUUGGCCUUAACUCCAUCUUCCUGCCUGCUCCCCAUAACCUUUUAACCCAUUACUAAUUAAAAAUCUGUCUAUCGCCACCUCAAAUUUAUUCAGUCUCCCAGUGUCUACCCCAGCUGUGGUGAUGAAUUCUAAUGGACUUUUGAGAGAAUUAAUCGACCUCAUGUCUAUUUUAAAUCUUUUGCCCUUUAGCCUAAGACUAUGACUUUUCAUUUUCUAGAUUGCCCCACAAUGGGAAAUAGUUGACUUUGUGAAAACAUUUCAGACCUCAGUGGCUUAGGAGGUGUAAGAUUGUACUUUUGGUGGGAGCACAGGAUGUUAUGCGUUCCCCCUUGGAAGGAGGUUGGAGUCUACACAUUAUGGUCCUGCUCAUGUUCAGGCUGAGUAAGCUCCAGCCAUUGGGCUGGAACAGACAGCCAUGGUGCAAAACUGGCUGGAACUCAUGGAAUCCCUACAGUGUGGAAAGAGGUCAUUCAGCCCAUAGAUUCUGCGCCGACUCUCCAAAGAGCAUGCCACCCCGACUGUAUCCCCAUAAUUCUGCAUUUACCACAGCUAGCCACCUAGCCUGCACAUUCAUGGACACUAUAGACAAUUUAGCAUGGCCAA